GGCGCAAAGUCAUUGCUUUAAGCCACACCCACAAAACACAGAAUCGACACGACAACCACUUAUAAUAUAAGAAGAGCUCUUUCCUCCCUUGUAAAUUACACACAAACUCAGUUAUUCUGAAUUUUGUUUCUCCUUCAAAAUCGACACACAAACAAAAUGGCCAACGCAGCAUCUGGAAUGGCCAUGCAUGAUGACUGCAAGUUAAGGUUCUUGGAGCUGAAAGCAAAAAGAACUCACCGAUUUAUUGUUUUCAAAAUAGAAGAGAAGCAAAAACAGGUUGUGGUUGAAAAAGUUGGUGAGCCAACUCAAAGCUACGAAGACUUUGCUGAGAGUCUUCCUGCUGAUGAAUGUAGAUAUGCUGUCUAUGAUUUUGACUUCGUGACUGAGGAAAAUUGCCAAAAAAGCAGGAUCUUUUUCAUCGCAUGGUCUCCUGAGACAGCAAGAGUGAGAAACAAGAUGAUCUAUGCCAGUUCAAAGGACAGAUUCAAGAGAGAGCUCGACGGAAUUCAGAUUGAGUUGCAGGCGACUGAUCCGACUGAAAUGGGACUUGAUGUAAUUAAAAGCCGAGCGAAUUAGGUAUGGAUGGUUAGAAAUUAUAUAGACCUGUUAAGGAAGAAUCCUGAUGCAAUCAUCUUAAGUAAAUGUUUAUAGCUUGUGGGACAAAAACUUGGCUAGAGAUGAUAUCGGUGCUAAGUGCAAUAGUAUAUGUUCUAUUUGAUUCUGAACGAGCUUUAUGCUGGUCUAAUAUAAGAUGCGUUUUAUUUUCUCAAAA